AUCCCCAGCGUACUGCCUUUUCCCUCAAACUCAGCGCAGUAUCUGUGGCAAAGAGUCCGAGAGAUCCCAACGACACCACCGGGUUGCCACAGCGUUUGGUGUUCGGAAAGACCCGGGUGACAAUAAAUCGCUCGAAAUAGCGCGUUGGCUUGUUUGGGCGCGUCGUUCAACAAUCCGCUCCCUUCUUCAUCGCCCCCAUCCCUCAUCGUAUCGCUUUUCCCAGCGACUAAGAUUACGGCGCAGACAUGUCGAUCAUCAACAAGCCUUGGGACGCCCGCUAUGCCGGUGCCGUGCCCCACGACUCCUCCUACUACGCCAAGUGCAUGCUUGGUGGUGUCCUCGCUUGCGGUCUGACCCACGCUGCCAUCACUCCUAUGGAUGUGACGAAGUGCAACAUGCAGGUCAACCCAGCGAAAUACAAGGGUCUCGCCUCCGGUUUCCGCACCAUCAUUGCUGAGGAGGGUGCCAGCGCGAUCUGGAAGGGAUGGGCACCUACUCUCAUUGGGUACUCUGCUCAAGGUGCUUUCAAGUACGGACUGUACGAGUACUUCAAGGACACGUACUCCAAUCUUCUCGGCAAAGAGAACGCCGAAAAGUACAAGGGUUUGGUGUGGUGCGCUGGUUCCGCUUCCGCCGAGUUCUUUGCGGACAUCGCCCUUUGCCCCAUGGAGAUGGUGAAGGUCAAGGUCCAGACCUCCGUUCCCGGAACUUUCCCUACCGCUUUCGGGCCCGCCCUCGCCACAAUGCGUGCUGACAGCGCUGUCACCCGCUUCCCCUUCGGAUCCCUCACCCCUCUGUGGUCUCGCCAGAUUCCCUACACCGUUGCCAAAUUCUUCUUCUUCGAGAAGGCUGUGCAAUUCUUCUACUCCAACAUCUUCACCGCCCCCAAGGAAACCUACUCUAAGAGCACCCAGCUUGGGAUUACCUUCGCCUCUGGUUACUCCGCCGGUAUCAUUUGCGCUAUCGUUUCCCACCCAGCUGACUCUCUCGUCUCGUUGAUGUCCAAGCCCGCUAACAAGGGCAAGGGUCUCGGACAAAUCGCCUCCGAGACCGGUCUCGUGAACCUCGCUACCAAGGGUCUGGGAACUCGUGUGCUCAUGAUCGGUACCCUCACUGGUCUCCAAUGGUGGAUCUACGACACGUUCAAGACCGUCAUGGGCAUGGGCACCUCUGGUGGAAAGUAGAGUUAGAAAAGCGAUUGAUAUUUAUUCUACUUUACUUUGUUCAUACAUUCGAACCCUUCACCGAACUCAGCCCACGAUUCUCAUACCUUUCGAACUUAAUCAAUCAGUUGUCCACUCUUAUCUCACCCGCGUUUCUCAUACAAUCUCGGUUUUGCCCCAUCGGUUUUCUGUGCUCAUGAGUCGUCCUGAUGGUCGUUUGACCAUGAUCAACGACGCCGGAGGGGGAUACUCCGAUCAUACUCGUCUCUGCGAUCCUACGUUGGUAGUCUAAUAGCACGGGUCAGAAAAGAAGAU